CGUUAUCGUGCGCACCCCCGAGGGAUGUGUGCACAAAUGGUGGUGUAACGUGCGCGGUCGGUGUAAAAGGAGAGACAAGCGUCUCUUGCGUGCGUGCGUACGGUCGACGUCGGGCUCCGAACAGUCGAGAAGCACCCAGCCAUUAGUCGCAAUGGUCACCGACAAUACCAGUCAGGCUGAUGACACGACAGCAUUUCUUCGCGCUGCUCGAUCCGGCAACCUCGAGAAAGUGGUCGAAUUUCUCGACACCGAUUUAGAUAUUAAUACAGCCAACUUGAACGGUUUAAAUGCCUUGCAUUUAGCUUCGAAGGAUGGCCACGUCGAAAUAGUUACCGAAUUAUUAAAAAGGGGCGCAAAAGUUGAUGCGGCAACAAAGAAAGGAAAUACCGCGUUACACAUAGCUUCGUUAGCUGGCCAAUCUGAAAUAGUCAAUAUACUUAUUCAAUAUGGUGCCGCGGUUAAUAUCCAGUCGCAAAAUGGAUUCACUCCUUUAUACAUGGCUGCGCAGGAGAAUCACGAUCAGGUCGUCAAGCUCUUGCUCGGCAAUGGAGCGAAUCAAAGUCUCGCGACUGAGGAUGGUUUCACACCGCUUGCUGUUGCGAUGCAGCAAGGACACGAUAAGGUAGUCAGUGUACUCUUGGAGAACGAUUCGAAAGGCAAAGUCAGACUGCCGGCACUUCAUAUCGCUGCGAAGAAAGACGAUUGCAAAGCAGCUGACUUGCUUUUACAAAACGACCAUAAGCCCGAUGUGACGUCGAAGAGUGGCUUCACCCCUCUUCACAUCGCCGCUCAUUAUGGAAACGAAGAAAUAGCACGGUUAUUAAUAAAACGAGGAGCAGAUGUAAAUUAUUUAGCUAAGCAUAAUAUAAGCCCGCUACAUGUUGCGGCAAAGUGGGGCAAAAACAAUAUGGUUAAGAUAUUGUUGGAGAACUCUGCACAAAUCGACGCCAAGACCAGAGACGGUUUAACUCCGCUACAUUGCGCGGCGCGAUCGGGACAUGAACAGGUUAUCAGCACGCUUCUUGAAAAUUCAGCGCCAAUUAGCGCGCGUACUAAGAAUGGGCUUGCACCGUUACAUAUGGCGUCUCAAGGAGAUCAUGUGGACGCUGCAAGAGUGCUGUUGUACCAUCGGGCGCCAGUAGACGAAGUGACCAUCGACUAUUUGACUUCGCUUCACGUUGCCGCACACUGCGGUCAUGUUAGAGUCGCUAAGUUGCUACUUGAUCGUAAAGCCGAUCCGAACGCUCGAGCUCUCAACGGCUUCACGCCACUCCAUAUCGCUUGCAAGAAAAACCGCAUCAAAGUGGUAGAACUCCUGUUGAAGCACGGUGCAUCUAUUGAAUCGACCACGGAGUCCGGACUGACUCCAUUACAUGUGGCCAGUUUUAUGGGGUGUAUGAAUAUCGUGAUAUUCCUACUGCAGCAUGAAGCCAAUCCUGACGUGCCAACUGUUAGGGGUGAAACACCCCUACAUCUGGCAGCCAGAGCUAAUCAAACAGACAUUAUUCGAAUUUUACUAAGAAAUGGUGCCAAAGUCGAUGCUCGUGCAAGGGAACAGCAAACACCGCUUCAUAUAGCAUCUCGAUUAGGAAAUAUCGAUAUUGUUAUGCUGUUGCUGCAGCACGGCGCGGCCGUGGACACUGCUACGAAAGAUAUGUACACGGCACUUCAUAUUGCAGCGAAGGAGGGUCAAGAAGAGGUGGCGGCCAUUCUCGUGGAGAAUAAUGCUUCUCUCAAGGCUACAACGAAAAAUGGCUUUACACCUUUACAUAUCGCGGCUAAAUAUGGAAAUAUGAAUGUUGCAAAUAUACUCUUGCAAAAAGAAAGCAAACUCGAUGUCCAAGGAAAGAACGAUAUUACGCCUUUGCACUUGGCAUGUCACUAUGAUCAUCCAAACGUUGCGACUCUCCUAUUAGAAAAAGGAGCAUCGCCUCAUCUUGCAUCGCAAAAUGGACAUACUCCUCUACAUAUCGCUGCUCGCAAAAACCAGAUGGACAUAGCUUCUACUCUCUUAGAAAAAGGGGCGAAUGCAAAUGCGGAAUCCAAAGCGGGUUUCACCCCGUUGCAUCUGAGUUCACAAAAAGGACAUUAUGAUAUGACAAAUUUGUUAAUUGAGCAUGGUGCCAAUCCCAAUCACAAAGCCAAGAACGGACUCACGGCGUUGCAUUUAUGCGCGCAAGAAGAUUUCAUUAGAGUGGCCUCUAUCUUGGUAAAAAACGGGGCCGAUGUUGAAAGUCAAACAGAAACUGGUUAUAGACCGAUACACGUGGCCGCACAUUUCGGAAAUCUAUCAAUGAUACGCUUUUUGUUGAAACAUAGUGCCACUAUCGACGUUAAAACUAAUCAGAAUUACACCCCGCUUCAUCAGGCCGCUCAACAAGGUCAUGCUCAUAUAGUCACUGCUUUGUUGGAAGGAAAUGCUUCACAUAAAGCGCAAACUAACGAUGGCUUAACUGCAUUGAACAUAGCACAAAAAUUAGGAUAUAUUUCCGUGAUGGAAGUGUUGAAAGGGUUGCCUUACGACAGCAUGACUCCGGAUAAUAAAAAUUGGGAGGAAAAGUACAAAGUAAUAGCCCCAGAAAGCUUGCAAGAAACUAGUUUUAUGUCUGAUUCGGAAGAUGAAGGAGGUUCUGAUGCGUUAAUUAGCGAACAACCUUAUCGAUAUCUCACGGCAGAUUUAAUGAAGAGUUUAAGAGAUGAUUCGUUACCCAUUGACGUUACUAGGGAUGAUCCAGUGCACAGACAAGUUACCAAAGAAGAGAAGCAGGAAUUUGCACAAAGCAAUAAUUAUUGUUUAGCAGAAAAUUUUGAUAACGAUGGACUGAAUCUGGGGAAGCUGCAUUUUAGAUCAUUUUUAAUUAGUUUUCUGGUGGAUGCACGUGGCGGUGCUAUGAAAGGAUGUAGACACAGCGGUGUGCGCAUUAUUGUACCGCCUCGAAGAGCAACGAUGCCGAUUCGCGUAACAUGCAGACUAGUAAAAGCAAGUAAAGUGGCGAAUCCACCCCCUUUGAUGGAAGGGGAGGCUCUUGCUACUCGAAUUAUCGAGAUGGGUCCGGUGGGCGCGAGAUUUUUAGGACCCGUCUUAAUUGACAUACCGCACUUUGCAUCGGUUCGCGGAAAAGAACGGGAAAUUAUUAUUCUGCGAAGUGAGAAUGGAGAAACGUGGAAGGAACAUGAUAAUUCUGUGGAUAAUGAUGAUACUCUUCUCAAUACACCUUAUGAUCCUCAAAUGAGCGUUGCACACUCGGGCAGAAUCACUCGUAUAAUUACCACAGACUUUCCACAAUAUUUCGCUAUCAUAACUCGAAUCAAGCAAGAAGUUCAUGUUAUCGGCGCCGAGGGUUGCAUUUUGUUAUCCAGCGUUGCGAAUCAUGUACAGGCUGUUUUUCCACCGGGAGCGUUAACGAAGAAAAUUAAAGUCGGCUUGCAGGCGCACGUCAUUCCGGCUGAACUCACGGCCAAAUUGCUAGGCAAUUGCGUUGCCGUUUCACCGGUGAUUACAAUUGAACCCAGACGACGGAAGUUCCAUAAACCGAUAACCCUUACGAUCCCUGUACCGCAAGCGGCAAACAAGGGGAUGAUCAAUCAAUAUGGAGGAGAGACACCUACUUUACGCCUCUUGUGUAGCAUUGCGGGUGGGACCAACGAGUCACAAUGGGAAGACGUUACUGGAUCAACGCCGUUAACCUUUAUGAACGAUAAAGUGUCGUUCACCACUACUGUUUCAGCAAGAUUCUGGUUGAUGGAUUGCAGAAAUAUCGGCGCAGUACCAAAAAUGGCAACGGAAUUAUACGAGGCAUCCUUACAUGUGCCAUAUAUAACAAAUUUUAUAAUAUACUCGAAGAGAAUGGAUAUGUUAGAAGCCACAUUGAGAAUAUUGUGCAUGACCGAUGGCAAGGAAGGCAUGCACACUUUAGAAAGACAAGAAGAAUUUACGGAAAUCGUUAAAAGUCGCGACGUUGAGGCACUUGACGGGAAAGAUCUUUAUAUUGAAUUUAGUGGGAACUUAGUACCGGUAACAAAGUCCGGCAUGCAAUUGAAGUUCACAUUUAGGGCUUUCCGACAAAAUCGAUUAUCAUUCCAUGUUAAAGUAAAAGAUCCGUUACUGGAUCCAGUAGCGAGGAUGUUAUUCAUGCGAGAACCAAAAGUUGCUAAAGGAGAACCAUCUCAGCAACCUAUUUGUGUGUUAAAUAUUGUUCUUCCUGAAAAUAUAAUUAAACAUGAUAUGCAGAAAAAAUUAAAAGGUUACGAAGAUUCUAAUGUCAUAAAUCAAAAAUUAGAUUACUAUAAAUCAAAGUACAAAAUGGAACAAAUGGAAAAAACCGAUAAGCCCAAAGAAACCUCCUCACCAACGGAAAAGAAAUUCAUAACCGACACAUUACAAAAGGAACAAACAGAUGCCGCUAUCCACGAAUCCUUUGCACAAAAAGCGGCUUGUCCCCUAGAAUCUGUAGAUGCUAGUUAUCCCAAUAAAGUAGACGCCGGUCAGUCGGAACCGGACCUAUCGCCCGAUCUCGAAAGGCAAACAUACUCGGAGAAGCGUAAAUUUUGGGAGGAUAUGUCGAAGAAACGCGAAAAUUAUCAACGUUCUGAAUCCGAGAUCUCGAGGACCUCUCAAUUGACCAUUAAUGAAAGCGACAGCGAAACAUGUCCACCGAAUGUCAUGUCCGAGGAGGGUGAUGGGACCACUGAAGGCAUCUCAGACGUCAUAAGAUCGGAGACCAUCGAGGACAUCAAUGUGCCGGACAUCUCGGAGUGUUCUGUGGCGGAAAAGGCGCAUUACUUUGAGGAGCAGAUUCAAAAAGAGAUAGCUAAGGGCACACCAAGACUGCAGCAAGAUUCCGUCAAGUCUGAAAAAGACAAACCCAUUUUUAAAGGUAAAUCGAUCGACGACCAGAAGAUUCGCGUGGAAAAGAGUAUAGUAGAAAUGACGAAAGAGAAAAUCGAUAUCGAAGAGAAACAUAUAGCAGAAGCGAGAGAGAUAGAGAAAAUUUUGAAAGCCGCUAUUGAGAGUGAUAAACGGACGAAGGAGACAAGGAAAGACCCGAAAGAUGAAAAGGAAAAGGAUAGCGAUAAAGAAGUACGUGAGGAAGUUCAAAAGAUAACAGCUCAGCCAGUGAUGGAAAUUUGCAAGGAAUUAUUAAAUAAGGAAAGAGAACUCGCUGAGGAAAUACAGGUGAGACCUACUCCAGUUGCACAAGUUCAAGAAGUUAGUGCAGAAACGAAAAUAUUUGAAAAGGAACAAAUGGACAUUAAAAUUAAAUCAUUUCUUCUGGAUGAUAAAACGGAAAUCGAACAAUUCCUUGAAGAGGAGAGGCGAAUCAUUGAAGAAGAGGCGGAAAUGAAAGAAAAGAAAACGAUGGCUGACACUAGUUCUGAUAAGGAAAGAAAAUCUAUCGCUGACACGGAGAUCAAACAGAUAAAAAAAGAAUUCGAAUCUCGCAUUCCGAUUUCCACGGCAAUGGCUGAGAAAGAUAAAAGCCAAAAAGAAGGAAAAGGAAAAACAUCUGAUAAACCUGAGGAGAAAUCGCUAAAAAGUUCUCCUACGGAAAAAGAAAAGGAUACCUCACCAUUUAGCAAGAAGAAAGAAUUUGAAUCUCGUAUACCCAAACGUAUUAUGGAAGGAGCGACGGUAAAAGAAAAAGAAGGAAUAAAAAAAGAUUUUUCGGGACGGAAAGAUGGCGAAACCGUUACUGUCACCGAGAAGAAAUCUAGCGAGGAGGUUACGCGGCAUGAAGAACGCUUGACUACGAAGAGCAAGAUGCAAACUUUUUCCAAGACCUUUACCGAUGCGCAGGACGCGUUUAAGAUGUUUGAGAAUAUAAGUGCAAUGAGAGACAAGGAUUUCGAUACAAUUACUUCAAAGAUUGAUACCAAGGCUAUUAGUAAAGUGGAGAAGAAGGAGGUGCUUUCAUCAGAGAUCUCCAGUGGUGCGGAUAAAUUUAUAACUCAUGAAGAAAAGGAGAAAGUGGAACGGAAAGAAUCCUCAGAGUCUAAACUGACUAAGGAGUCACCGGUUGAGAUAAUAGAGGAAAAGAAGAGCAAGAGUGAGGAGAUGGAUAAGACUGCUGUGCAGAAGAUGUCGAUGAAUGUGAUGGAAGGUAAAAAAGUGAUAGACGCAAGCGCUUCUGAAUCUAAAGCGAAGAGUACAAAGGAAGAAUUAUUUAAACUGCUGGAGGACAGUGAGGGAACUGCGAUGGAAAAAUCUGGAAUUAAUAGAGACAGGAAAAGCGAUGUGGAUGUGGCGAUUAGGAUCAAGAGGGACGAUGCGAAAGAAGUAGAAGACAUUAAAGAAUUGCCUAAAACAGCUAAAGUCGAAGGAAUAGACUUGGAAAAGGUUGAAACGAUCACGCAAGGACAGUCUUACAAAGAGAGUUUGGAGAAAUUUAAAGUCGAACAGUUUGUACCUAGUCAAAGAGACAAGAUGGAUUCAACUGAAAAGGCUAAAAAAGAUGAACAAUUUCCGAGCGAAGAACCUUUAAUAUCUUUGGAGAAGAAAGAACAAUUAAUCGCUAAAGAAAUAGAAGCGAGAAAUAUAGCGGAGGGUCUAAUACAAUCGAUUGAGAGUGAGAUUGAGAAAAGAUCAUCAUCAGGAUUGAAAUCACAGAUGUUGAGUAAAGAAUAUUUAGAUCAAUUGAUUUCCGAGAGUAGCGAUACUGAUCACGAAAAACUGGCAGAUGAUUUAACAAAAAAGUUUGAAAGUAUUAUGAAAGAUGAGCAAUUGGAUCAUUCGGGAACAACACUAUCGAAGACCUUACAAGAAGAAUUAUUUGAGAAAGGAUACACCAGAGACAGUAUUAGUGAAGAUAUAACAAAAGACGAAGAAUUGUCAUUGCAUGAUCGAGAAGAGAGUUUACAAUCAUCGUCUCAAGCUAGACAAAGUCUCCAGGACAGAGACAUCACUAUAAGUCCCAGCAGUAUAUCUGAGCAAAUUGAUCUAGAAGAAACAAUCGACGUUGAUACUGGAGAAUUAGAGGAUAUAUCUAAGCCUACAUCCAGUCCACAAUCUGAAAAAGUUCGUUCAGAUAGAUCAAGCGGGCAUAUCGAACCACUUCAGAAGGAUAUAUAUAGUGAUACUAGUGUCUCGAAAGAUAAGAUAAUAUCAGAAAUUUCAGGUGCUAGAGUGCUAGAAAUUUUAGAACCAGGCGCGGACAGUCGACAAGACUCAGUCGACGUGCCGUCCUUAGAGUUAGACGAGCACAAAGUAUCCGAACAAACUAGCAGAGAUGUAGCUUCUUUACACGAGAGUGUGGCUGUAGAUUCUUUGGAGAAGAUCGGUCAGGAGAAAGAUGUGACUGUCAGUUCUAGCACAGUAUCCGAGGAUGUUAAUGUAGACUAUCCUCCGGUUCAUGAGAAUGUUCUAUCCUCAACUGUUCCAUCGAAAGAAUACGACGCAGGGGACAGACGAAGAGCGGAUAGUUUCGAAAUCGAAAGUCCGCCGUUAUUUUCGCCAAGGAUAAAACAUGUAAGCGAUUUAGAAAUCAAGCCAGUUGAUUGGAUGAUCGGUGACGAGAAGAUUGAAAUAUCAGAAACGUUGCAGCCUUCUCAAGUAUUCAAUCAAGAGUUGGAGGAGUACGAAUCGUCAUUACGACAUGAUCGCACUUUAUCUCAGGAUGAAUCCGUAGACUUGGAACAAGAGUCCGUGACUAAGUCUUCGGAGGAGAUCAGUGUGAUUGAAUCAGUCAAAGAAUCGGUUGCCAGUGAUGUUAAUGUAACCGUUACGACUACUACAACCAAGAUAACAAAGUUUACUGUAAUCCCAGUGAUCGAGCCGGACUUUGAAAGCGAAAUAGUAGAAAAUAAAUUAGAGAUUACUUGUCAAGAGUUGGUCGACGCUUUGCAACGAGAACACGAUGCCAAGACACCGACGGGCGAAUACGCAGUAAGUAUACGGCAGUCGAUACCAUGCGAAGAUUUUGACUGGGAAACGAGUAUUACCGAAGCUGUUACAGAAAUGAUACCUAUGAAAGAGGAGGAAACAAAAGAUUUAACUGUGGAAAUUACAGAAAUUAAAGAGAUAACAGACAAACAACAAGACAUUUCUGCAAAUAUAGUAUCUACAAUAAAGGAAGGAAAAGCAGAUUUUAUGCAGCAUAUUAUAGCUGAAGAAACACAAAAAGAAGAAGAACUUGAAAUUACUGAUAAAACAAUAAAAGAGUCAGAGGCUAUAAAAGAAAAGAUUACUGAAACUAAAAAAAUUCCGAAAGAUUCCACGAAAGAAGAAUCAGAACUACCUAAGUGUGCGAGAGUUGAUGAUGUGCUAAAAGAAUGGACGGAAACUUAUUUGGCAAAGAUCAAACCUCCCAGUGAAGAAUACAAACGACAUAUGGAGAAAACCACCGAGAAGCACGAUAAGCCCAGCAAAUCGACGAUUGCUCCUUCUGAUACUUGUGCCUUGAAAAUAAAGAAAGAUGAUCUCCAGAGCGUCGAUUUAAGCGCACGAUAUGCGAUAACAGUGCUAGAUCAAGUGGUGAAGAAAGAGAUCGCCGAAGUGAAAGAAUCCUUGGAAGCGGCUAAACAAGACUUGAUAGAAGAACUGAGUGAGAACAGUCAGACCGUGAUUCAAAUCAAAGAUUCGCCUUCAGAGUUUCAGUUCAAACUCCAAUCGGAAUCCAUCCCAAACGAUUUGCCGUUUUUAUACAGACCACCGUCCAUUGAACAUGUUCCUGUCGAGACUGAAGCCGAAAUUGGAGUUAUUACGCAAAGCGAUUUAUCAAUUGUGGAAACUCAAAAAUUCGACGAAGCAAAGCAAGAAGACCCGAAAGAUACCGACGAUGACAAACUAUCUAUCCAAGAAAUUACCACCAUUGACGACAGACCAAUCGAUGUUAAAGCAUCUGAAAUCGAUAUCGAGAAACAUGAAGAAGAAGAAACCAUAAUAACCAUCGAUGAACAACAGGAGGAAGAAGAGGAGGAAGGUCGUCCCAGCCCGCUUCCUCUCAGUAGAUCAUCUGACGUCGGUUCGGACAUGGAUAAUAGGGACGACAGCUACUCCUUGGCACCACCUUAUCCGGCACCUAGAAAACGUCAAAAACCGGUUAGGAUAUCAAAAAAAGUUAAGACCUCGGAAAGCGAAGCCGACGUUUCGAGUUCUGGCGAAAGCAGCAACUACCAGUCCUGUGAUUACGAAAUUGGCAGCGGAAGCAGACCCAGUUCGUCCGAUGUCGAGGCAUUACAAUCUGCUGUGGGUGGCAUCCAAUCCGGAACCGUUUCGGAGUAUGAGACGGCGAUGAUGUCUGUUGAACACGAGACAUCGAAGACAUUGCCAACAUCACAAGACUAUCAGACUGCAGCAAGUACGUUGAGUUCCCAUGAAUCCAUGAAGUCUUUAAAUUCUCUCAGCUCGGGUCAUCUUGGCAGCAUCGAUAGUACCAGUGAGUUGUCAGAGACGCUAGUACCCUCGGAGGAAGCGGACGUGGAUAUAGACGAGAUAGAGGAGAACCUGGAAAGCGCAUUAGACGCGGAACAAGAGAUGGCUGAAGCAUCAGACUCUUCCGGUAGUGAAGAAAUACCAAUGGAUGAAGCCAUGGACAAAAUUGAUAGUCACAUACCAUGCCGUAUGAAACGUUCGUCCGAGAUGAUUUUCCAACAGAUUGUGGACGACAGCGUCAGCAUGGAAACGGAGUCUAUGAAUGAAAUGUUGGAGAAAGAUCAGGCCAAAGUCGCGGAUUCAGCCAUUUCUGCCUCUAUGGAUGCGCCCGGAGUCCUUCAAUCUGUAGACAUAAUGACAUCGCGGGUAUCCGAAGACGGGGUUCAAAGUGUAUGCACUCAGGUGAUCUCUACACGAGUUAUUAUUCCCAGCGAUAGCGAAGAAGAAAAGGUGGAAGGUUUAAAUGUACAAAGAGAUACAGAAAAGGAUGCGGAGAUGAUGGAUGUGGAAACGAUAAAAAGUUUGGAACAGAGAUCGGAUCAUGAGAUAACUGGAGAUGAAGGUCUCGAACCGAUACAGUCAACAUCCGUCCAUUCGAUGAUGCAACAGGCCAGCAUGUCCCUAUCUUCGGCAUCGGGCAUGUCUUUUGACACAGUCGUAGAGAAAGAUAAGUCCGAGCGUCAUUCACCUGACAGCGAUUCUUUCGAGCUCGUAGAUAAGCCCGAUAUCAUUGAUGACUUUGUGGUGAUCGAAGAAGUCGGACGUGAAGCAGAGGAGUUUGAUGCUGAAGGUAAGAGCAUUCGCAUCAGCUCAAUACCUCAAACCACCAGCAAGCAGUACGAUCGCGACCUAGAGAAUCUAAUUACGGAGAACAAAGAGGACGCGCAGGUAUCAACGAGUCAGACGUCAAGGAAUAAUGAUUUGUUUGACUUCGAGUCCGAAGAGAGUCCGCCCCAAGCGUCAAACGAUGAUCAAUCUCAAUCUUAUUCUGAUGAAGAGCAGUACGAGAAUAAGAAAUGGAUAGAAAUGCAGUUCCAUGCAGACGCGCGAGUGUACGAUAUAGAAUAUGACCGCGGACCAUUAGAGGAUAUCAAAGAGGAGGAGGUCACAGAUUUUGAGGCCGGAAGUAGUAGACUCGGCAGUUUAGGCAGUCACAAAGAAUCUAUAGGCAGUGUGGGAAGUAUGCGUGGUAGUUUCGGUAGUACACCGGAUUACGAUAUCUUAGGGAAGAAAUAUUUCAGCAAGCCUGCGGAUCAUGACACUGUGUCCUUGACCUCACUGCAGGAAUUUGAACAUUUAGAGAGUACUGUGGCAGCUGAGAACUCACGGAAAUUACAAUGCGGUUCACAGGAUUCCAAUAGUAAUAAUGGCAGUCUUCCGAAAAGGUACGUGACCGGUCGUUCAGGUCAUGGCGAUGACGUUUCAUUGUCUUCACUAAAGGAUUUUGAAGGGUUGGAAAAAGCCUGCAGAGAGGCUCAUUUGAUGGAGCUACGGGCUCGUGAGGAAGAGGAACUACUAGAACAUGAAAGUCCAGAAAACAAAUAUAAAUUGGAGAAUCUGCCGCGAUCGAGGACGGAGACUAGUGCAGCUGGUUCGUUUAAUCCUAGUACUUCCGGAUCGGAUGACUAUGAAAAGAGGAUAAAAGAGAUCGACGAGAUAAUACGUAUUGCUCAGUCUAACAUGGAGAAGUUUGAACGGCAGGACGACACUACGGAAGACAUUUCGCAAAUCGAGAUUACUGAUGCUGAGAGAGCUUUCGCUCAACCAAUUCCAGAAACUCUUCUAGAAGAAACGAGAGAACUCGAGGAGGCACAAGCGGCACAAAAAGAAAGCAAUAUUAUGGAGACCAGUACGGACUCUCUAGAAAUGGAAGAUAAUGCAGAAAAAAAAUAUCAACAAUUGUGUCGAAGCUCUGAUUCUCUAGAGAUGAAGACAACACUGGACUUUCCGUCCUUGAGCUCGGAUUCGUUGAACAAUAUAAAAGACGCAAAGGAAACGCCAGAAACUGUCGAGCGAUAUGGUGGCAACGCAAGACGAAUUUCUUCAGAUUCUCUUGAAAUGCCUUUGUUAGAGCAACAUGAUAUCAGUGCAUCCGAGAGAAGCAGCGGUAGUAAUGGGCGUCACGCAGAGGAAGAAACGGACCACUCUGUUGGACAAACAUCUUCGACGGAAACUAAAACGAGAAAUGGUAAAACGUAAACGUCACCAAGUAGUGGUACAUAGGAUAAUUUUCGUAGAUAAACGGACCAUCAGGAAGGAUUUUUGCCACGGUUUCGUAAAUAUAUUACCGAUUAACUCAAGAAGCUUUAUAUGUAAAACACGAUAUUGAUUAUAAUGUACUAAAGAACUUGUGCAUUACGGAUACUAUUACAUUUUGUCUUUGUUUUAUGCAAUGUCUUCUGAUAACAUUUACAUUAUGCUUAAGUAAGAUAGUUGCUAUCUUUAUAAUAUAAUGUUGUUGCGUGGGAUGAGGAAGUGAAAGAAUGCUUGCUUGUUUGCUAUUAUUAAAUUAAGAUAGACGUAUUUGUUAAUAAUUCUUACUGUAUUCGUUCAGAAAAACGCAAACAAUUUUAACUGUUUUUGACAUUUUUAUAUACAUUAAGUUGCAUUUUUUAACACGUACUUUGAAGUGCUACUUACAUGUUCUACUUGUAUUACAACGCGUACGACACUGUACUAUUAUAGCGUAUUUUAUAAACAUUUUGAUUAUAGGAUGUCUUUGUGGAUGCGAAUUAAAUUUUAUAAUAUAUUUGACGUAUUUCGUAUCAUGUAAUGAUUUCAAGCAACGUUUACGAAAAAAAAUUCAAAAAUACAAUAAUGCUAUCUUAACGUACGUUUACAAAAGAAGACAAAUACAUAAUACCUAAAUAGAAAGUUUUAUAUGCGAAUAUAUAUUUAGGACACAUACACACACACACACA